AUGCCUCUCAUUCGGGGUCUACCGCAAUACAGACGGGCAGUCGGGUUUCUGGCACUUCCUGCUCUAUUGUUUUAUAUGCUUGCGGCAAUUGCAGCUCUUCCAGGGGUACCGGGAAUAUUCAUAGAGAAUAUCCAAACGGAUCUAGGGACCGGCAGUGUCGAAGUCAGAGUUGGAUACUUUGGUACAUGUCUUCGAAGGACUGGCUCCGACACUGAUAUAAAAUUACAUUGCACCACUACUUCCAAGGGAUUUAGUGAUUUGCUUAUCGAAAGUUCCAACAGCACAUCAAAUGCCACCGAGAAAAUCCUCGUUUUCGCAUCAGGGAUGCAACGUGAUGUCUUUGUUGGUUCUCCUUCAUUCUUCCCUGGAGCUGGGCUCCUAUUCCUAAUCAGCGUUUUGCUUCUCAUACCCCUCGAGAUAAUCACUCGAGCACCUGCAAGACUCAGACCUAAAACCGUUCUGUUCCUAAAUCAUGCCAUCAUAAUGCUUUUCUGGUUCACUGCAGCAUGGUCAUUCGCAGGCGCAUUGUCAAUCGUGGAAGUUGUAAGAUCACAGCAAGAACUGUUGACUUUGGAUGGGAGUAAUAAUGUCACUGUGAAGGUUGGUGUGGCAGUACAAUUUCUGCAAUGGACUGCUUUUAUUUUCACCUUUGUCUUUGCGAGCGGAGUUACGACUUUGAAAAUGACGCAUGAGCCAAGACUCCUUAAUCCGGAAGAGAUGGCGGCGAAGGCUGGUCCGUUGGGUGGUCAGGUGCAGUGGCGUGAAUCUGUUUGA